AUGAUGAAAGAUUGCAUUAACUAUUCCAAGGGGUGUGAAUCUUGUCAAAGACACGGUCCAGUCCAGCAGGCUCCAUCAGUUCCCAUGAAUCCAGUGGUAAAACCAUGGCCCUUUAGAGGAUGGGCAAUGGAUCUCAUUGGUAAGAUCUAUCCAGCCAGCAGCCAGCAGCACUGCUUUAUCAUUGUUGCCACAGACUAUUUCACUAAGUGGGUGGAAGCCAAGGCUGUUAAAUCUACUACAUCUCAAGAGAUCAUCACUUUCAUAGCAGAGCAGAUUAUCCAAAGAUUUGGCAUCCCAGAAUCAAUCACAACUGAUAGAGGAUCCUCCUUCAUAUCCGGAGAAAUGCUGGACAUGGCAGAGGCAUUCAAAAUCAGACUGCUCCAGUCCACUCCUUAUUAUGCCCAAGCCAAUGGACAGGCGGAAUCAAGCAACAAAGUGAUCAUCAACAUUAUCAGGAAAAUGCUUGAGAAGAAUCCGAAACAAUGGCAUGAGAAGCUGUCAGAAACUCUGUGGGCAUAUAGAACUUCAAAAAGAGAAGCGACUGGCAUGACUCCCUAUGCGUUAACCUACGGUCAUGAUGCAAUUCUGCCUAUGGAGAUAGCUGUUCAGUCCCUCAGAAUUGCUCACCAACAUGACUUAGUAGGAGAAAACUACUCCCAGGCCAUGCUGUUGGAACUGGAGGGAUUAGAUGCAGGCAGAAUUGACACUCUCAACAAACUCCUGGUAGGAAAGCAGGCUGUAUCAAGGGCCUGCAACAAGCGAGUUAGGGACAAGAGUUUUGAAGAAGGGGAGAUAGUCUGGAAAGCAGUUCUGCCCCUCGGAACCCAUGUGGCUGGUUAUGGAAAAUGGGCACCUACAUGGGAAGGCCCUUUCAUAAUCAACCAGAUCCUCGGAAUGGGGGCAUACAGGCUGCAGGAUAGGGAUGGAGGAAACAAUAGUUCUUUCCUCCAAUAUAAAAUACUGUGGAAAGUUAUGAACAUGCCACUUAGCUCAUGGAAGUGGGCCACGUGGGAUUCCCUUGAAAUAUCAUCUUCUGCAAUUGUUGCCUUAGCAUUCAUGGUUCCUCCAGCAUGGUAUUGUCAAACGACAAGUUAG